CGCUGUAACGGCGUGCUGGAAGGCAUCAGGAUCUGCAGAAAGGGCUUCCCCAACAGGAUCCUCUACGGAGACUUCAAACAGAGAUACCGGAUCCUCAACCCUGCAGCCAUCCCAGAGGGACAGUUCAUAGACAGCAAAAAGGGGGCAGAAAAACUGUUGGGAUCCUUGGAUAUUGACCACCAGCAGUACAGAUUUGGGCACACCAAGGUUUUUUUCAAGGCUGGUUUAUUGGGUCAGCUUGAGGAGAUGAGGGAUGACCGUUUGGCACUGAUAUUGACAGGCAUCCAGGCUAGAGCACGCGGCCUUCUUGCAAGGGUUGAGUUCCAAAAAAUUGUUGAGCGAAGGGAUUCCUUGCUUGUGAUCCAGUGGAAUAUCCGGGCCUUUAUGGGUGUGAAAAACUGGCCCUGGAUGAAACUCUACUUCAAAAUCAAACCUCUGCUUAAAUCCGCUGAGACUGAAAAGGAGAUGGCCAAUAUGAAGGAGGAGUUCCUGAAACUAAAAGAGGCGUAUGCAAAGUCAGAGGCCCGCAGGAAGGAGCUGGAAGAGAAGAUGGUCUCUCUUCUCCAAGAGAAGAAUGACCUGCAGUUACAAGUCCAGACUGAGCAAGAUAACCUCUCAGAUGCUGAAGAAAGAUGUGAAGGGCUGAUCAAAAAUAAGAUUCAGCUGGAGGCCAAAGUCAAAGAGAUGACAGAGAGACUGGAGGAUGAGGAGGAAAUGAAUUCAGAGCUGACUGCUAAGAAGAGGAAGCUGGAGGAUGAGUGUUCUGAGCUGAAGAAGGACAUCGAUGAUCUGGAGCUCACUCUGGCCAAAGUGGAGAAGGAGAAGCAUGCAACUGAGAACAAG